AUGACGCUCUCGAGCUCCGAGUCAAGUAUUUUUAGCGAAACAGACGACGAUAGUUACAAUGAAGAAGACUACACUUAUAAUAGAGAGGAAAAUAUAAAGAACAUAAAAAUUUAUAAUAAAAUAAUAAUAAAAUUAUUUUUAAAAAAUCGAAAAUAUUAUGAACAAAUAAAAAGCAUUGCAUUAGGAUAUAUAAGUAAAAUAGAAGAUAUUGAAUUUUGUAAUGUGCAAAACAAUGAACAGGACAGAAACGAGCAUAUAUAUAAUUUUUAUUUUGAUGCACAUGAUGCUAUUGAAUAUGGAGAGAACAAAUUAAUAUAUUACUUGCAAAAUAGUUAUCACAAGUUUAUGGAUGUGAUAAACAAUUAUUCGAUUCCCCUUUUUUUUAGGAUUAUCUUUCUUAGUUGUUACUUUGAAUUCUUGAAUAAUGAAGAAAAUGAAAGAAACGAUUAUGAUGACAAUCAAAAUUGUGGUGAAAAUCAAAACUGUGGUGAAAAUCAAAACUGUGGUGAUAAUCAAAAUUGUGGUGAAAAUCAAAACUGUGGUGAUAAUCAAAACUGUGGUGAUAAUCAAAAUUGUGGUGAUAAUCAAAAUUAUGGUGAUAAUCAAAAUUAUGGUGACAAUAAUAUUUGUAAUAAAAAGGAAAUAAAUAAAAUGGAUGAAGAAAAUAAUAAAGAUAAUAAUAACAAUUUGGAUAGUAAUGUUUUACAUUUUCAUAAUAUUACUACAUCUCCUUCUAAAUGUCUUAAGGAAGGUUUUGAAUUAUUUAGAACAAACGAAAAUAAUAUGUAUGAAAAACAAAAUGAACAAUUUUGGCGCGAUAAGAAUGAGGAAUAUGAUAAUAUAUACAAUGAAAUAUAUUUUAAUGAUAAAGAUAGUAUAAAUAAUGAUGAUACCAAACAAAAAGAAACAAACACAUUAGACCAUGUAAGAAAGGAUAAGGUUAAAGAAAAUGAUAUGGAUUAUUUUUUUAAUAAUUUUAUAGAAUAUGAUUUUUGUAAAGAUAAUAAUGUUAUGGAACAAAUAGAUUUAUAUAGUUCUUGUUUAAUUAGAGGUAUUUUAUAUUCUUAUAUGAAAUAUAGUUUUUUAAAAAAAGAAGAAAUAAAAUUAAAAAUAAAUAAUUGUUUGAAAAUGAUAUUUGUUCGACAUAAUAUAAAGAUUAAAUGCCGACUAAUUAAUAUACCUUACUUACAUGAUAUUCAUAUAAAUAAUAUACAAGAAAUUGAGAAUAAGCAUAUUGGUAAAUUUAUAAGUACAGAGGGUAUUAUAACAAGAGUAGGAGAGAAGAAAAUAUUGGAAGAAAGUAAAAAAUAUAGAUGUAUGAAAUGUGACUAUGUAAUUAAAAAGAACGCGGCUCCUGAGUUAUAUUAUAACACGGAAACGUUUUUUCGAUGUCCUAAUAUUAUUGUAAAUACGAAAAAAAUGGCCUCUGGUAUUUUGUAUGAUAUAAAUGAUAAAAUAACGAACGAAUUUAUCACUAGACAAAUGGAUAAGAAUAAAAAGAAAGAUGACAAUGUAGAUGAUAUUUUUGAAGAUGAUAAUGAUAAUAAUCAUUAUAAUAAUCCUCUUUAUAGUAAUAGAACUAUGCAAAAUGAGAAAGGGAUAUAUGUUAAAAAAAUAUGCAACAGCACCAAUUUCGAAUUUAUGGAGAAUGAAAUUAAGAGGGUUGAUUAUCAAGAAAUAAAAAUAAAAGAAACUAGUAAGUCGAAUAUACCCUAUUCAAUAACGGUUGUACUUUUAGAAAAUUUAGCUGGAAAAUAUCACCCAGGAAAAAAUGUUAUUAUCAACGGUAUUGUUUUGAGAAGAUGGAAGAGGUUGUAUAAAGAUAUAAGGUGUGAUUCUGAAUUAUUUAUUGAGGCGAAUUAUAUCGAAAUAAAGGAAUUAGAACAGGUCAAAAUAAAAGAAAUAUCUUUGGAUGAUGAUUUUUCUAAAUAUAUUAAUUCUAUUGUGAGUAAGACAUGUUUGCAUGAUAAACAAGAUAUAUGUUAUGAGAAUGUGGGAUUUAUUCAAAAUGCAUCAUGUGAAGGAAAUGAUAAUUUGUGCGACGAGAUGGGAUAUAAUAUGUGUAAUAAUAAGAGGGGUGAUACAAAUGGUUUCAAUAAAAACAUUUGUGAUAGUAGUAAAGGGGACGACUUGUCCAUUUUGAAGGACAUGAAUACACAUCGUCAAAAUGAUAAGUAUAAUUCUAUCAACACAAGAUUAAUUACACAAAAUAUGAAGGAAAAAAAUGAACAUAUAAAAAAAUUGCAGCUCAAUAAUAUAGGUUUUACACAUUUAAAUAGUGUAGAUAAAAGACAGAAUAUUUUUGAAAAAUAUUGGUUUUUUUUUAAAAAUAAUAAAAUAGAAGGGAAAAAAUAUAUUUGUGAAAGUAUAUGUCCAAAUUUGUAUAAUUGCAAAUUGUCUAAAUUGUCGAUAUUACUUGUUUUAAUAGGUGGGAACAAGAUAAAUAAUGAGUAUGAUUCUUUUUAUCACGAAAAUAAUAAGUGGACUAAAUAUUUUAGUAAGAGUUAUAAGAAGAGUAAAAACAAAAGUAGUACAAUAAAAAAUGUAAGGAAUAAUAUUAUAAAUAUGAAUGAAGAGAAUGAAAUGGUCGAGGAUUCUCUCGAAGAAAUGGAUGAAAAAAGAACAAGAAAAGAAAAAGAAUAUGAAAUAAACAAAAAUGACAUAUGUAAAAAAAAAAAUAUGUACACCUUGUAUGAAACAAACAAUAUAUCUAAUAUAAAAUAUGGUCCAAUGGAAAGUACUAAAGAGAAGAGAAAAAGGAAGCAAAAGCAAAAGCAAAAACAAACAAAAUUUGAAUCAGAUAAUUGUGAUAAAAGAACCCUGUGUCAUUUAUUAUUAGUUGGUGAUCCAGGUACAGGUAAAUCACAAUUAUUAAAAGAAGUACAAAAAUUAAGUAACAUAUGUGUGAACGUGUCAGGAAUGUUUUGUACUACGGCAGGAUUAACAUGUGCAGCUAUUAAAGAAGGAAAUAGUUUCAUGUUAGAAAGUGGGGCAUUAGUAUUAGCUGAUAAUGGAGUUUGUUGUAUAGAUGAAUUUUGUUUAAUGAAGAAUGAAAAUAAGAAUGCUAUUCAUGAAGCUAUGGAACAAUUAAGUAUUUCAGUAGCAAAAGGAGGAAUAGUAGAUAAAUUAAAUUGUAGGUGCACAAUAAUUGGUGCUUCAAAUUUUGAGAUAAAUAAAGAUUUGAAAGGAAAUUUAUCUAACUAUGAUAGUAAGGUUAUUAUAAUUAACUUAUCUUAUGCUUUACUUAGUAGGUUUGAUUUGGUGGUUAUAGCUGAAGAUAAUAGUCAAAUAGAUUAUAAAAUAGCGGAUUAUAUUUUAUCUCAAGAUGUGGAGGUAAAAAAGGGUCUUGACAAUGAAGAUGAUAAUCAUAAUAAUAUGAAAAAUAAUGUGAAUUAUAAUAUUAACAAUUGUAAGAGUAAUACGUGUAAUAAUUAUAAGGAGACUAGCCACUUGGGAAACUUACCCGAAGUUUGUAUGAACAACGGACAUAAAGAAUUAAAUGAAAAUGUUGCAUGUGACAAGAUGAUAUUAUCACCUUUCAAUUUGGACCAUGGUAAUCGAGGCAAAUUUGGAAAAAAAAAUAAAAUAACAUGGCCAAGUGAAAAAUUAAAAGAAUAUAUUAAUUAUGUGAAGAAUGGUUAUUUCCCAAAUUUUGAUAAAAGUUCAAAAUUAAUAUUAAUUACAUACUAUUCAACAUUAAGAAAAUAUAACAAUGGUGAUAAUGGAACGACUGUGCGAACCUUAGAAAGUUUAAUAAGAUUAAGUGAAGCACAUUCGAAAUUGAUAUUAAAUAAAAAAGUAACAUCCGAUGAUGUAAUAAAUAUUAUAUUGUUAGUUGAAUUGAGUUUAAGAGGAUAUCAAAUAGCUAUUCGCACGAAUGCCAAUAAUAUAUUAAUAGCAAGAACAGGUAUAUUAGAAAAUUCUGCAUAUUUAUUACAAACAUAUAACAGUAAUUAUAAUACGUUCUAUUGCUUAGAUGACGUUUUGUUUGAUGAUUCUUUAUAUAUUUACUUUAAAAAUAUUAUUCUGGAAAAAUUACAUUUACAAGAAGAUAAUGGGAAAAUUUAUAAAAUGUUAUGA